GAACGAUAGAUCUAUGAUAAAAUGGCGUCCUGUUAACAGGAGUGGUCAGCACGAAAUUCAAAAUCUUUAUAAAUUUGAUGCCUCAUGCUUCAUCUAGAAUUCUGACAUAAUAAAAAUAAUCUAUUUCAUUCUCUUUUACAUUAUUUUUUACAUAUCUGAGCCUAGAAAGCUCCAAAUUAAAGAGAAUAUCUCUCACUGAAUAGGGCACAAGAGAACCUAACAAAUAUUGAAAUUAUCAGUUAGUGAAUGUAUGAAGUUAUGUUGAGAGUGUUUACAAAGUGGGGUGAAAUGGAAUUAUAGAGAGUACUGUUAAUUUGGCAACAUUGACACAUGUCAACCCUUUGUCAACAUAACCUAACCUAAAUGAUACGAAUGCAAAUUGAGUAAAAUAUUUGAAUAUAGUGAAUUUGUAGGAAAGUUUUGCCUUUUGGGCAAAACAGCACGAAUUACUAUGUGCAAAUAUCAACUAAGUUCUUCAUAAAAUGGAAAAAAAUAGACAUGGUAAGCAUGCCAAAGACAAACCUAAAAAAACUAAAAAACGUAGAACUAGAGAUGAACAAAGUAAAUCUCCCGAUAGCUCUCCAGUGAAACCUCUAGUUGAAUAUUCAGAUGUAAGUUCAGAAGACCUGUCAGCACCAGAGGCAGGUGAAAUCCAAAGUGGAGAAGGUAGUUUGUCACAGAGUGAUGAAGGAGAAAUAAUGAAUCGAAGUAGUCGUUACAGUCGUUUCCCAGUUAUAGAUGAAGGAUACCUUUAUCGAAGGCAGUCUUUACUAGUGGAAUCUCCCUCAGCGAGAAGAUCACAUAGAUUGGACCCAUCUAUGGUUCCAAGAUCUCCUUCACCAUCACCACUCGUUUCACGUGAAAGAAAAUUGUCUGUGUCAUCCAAAUCAUCUUCAAACGAAUUGAGACAUAAGAAAAUAUUGGAAACUUCUCCAAACAGCUAUAGAGUAAUGAGAUCACCACAUUAUAUAGAUUAUGAUUCUGAUCGGAAAAAAAGGAAGAAAAAGGAGAAAAAGCAUAAAAAAGAAAAAAAGGGAAAGAAGAAGAAGAAGAAAUCGAGACAUAGGUCAAGAAGUAGCAGCGUUUCUAGUGGAAAUAGUGGUUCUCCGGAAGAUCAGGCAUCUCCCAAAAGAAAAUUGUUGAUUAGAGCGCUGAAAAAGAUCAACUCCAGCUUGGAUGCGGAGCCUUUAUCUGACUGGGAACCCCAGGAUGUUUCUAAGAAAGAGAAAGAAAACACGUCCUUUAUGGACAAUAAGAUAGAUGCAUGUUCGCCAGUCUCUAAUGACAGUCAUAUAGCUUCUCCCGAACCUAUUGAGAGGUCUCCAACUCCCAGGACGGCAACACCUCCUCCGAAACCAGUUUAUAAGAACUAUCAUGUACGGGAUUCUCCGCACACUCCUCCUCUACAUCACAAGCACAACAACAUGGUUAGAUCAAACUCUCCCAUUGUUGUUGAUGAUCAUAUUUCUCUACCGAGUAUUUCACCUCGUGCUCCUUACAGUCCCGAUUUAAUUUUACGACAUCAUGUUUCAAGUCACAGACGCUCGAUAACACCAAACAAAAGAAGAAGGCCCGAAAGGGACAGUCAUCGAAAACAUAGAAGAGAAAGAGAUAGGCCAAGAAGGGACACAAGGAGUAGGAGUCCUGUAAGACGGCGGUCCAGAUCACCUAGCUACAAAAGACAUUAUACAAGGUCCCCCCCAAGUAGGAGUAGUAGAAAAAAAAGAUCCAGAACUCCUAGGAGAGAUCGAGAAAGGACCCCAGUAAGAAAUAAAUAUAGGAGCCCCUCUCCUCAUUCCAUCAAGAGUUCAAAACUUAAGAAUAAGAUUACUGAUGCUAGCUUGUUUGCUGAAAUGGUGAAAGACAGACAUAAGAGGGAAUUAGAACUGAAAAAGUUGGAAAAAGAACUAGAAAGUAAGUCUGAGAAGAAACAGGAGCCAGAAACAGAUACGAUAACCAAUAAUGAUGCUUCUUACGCUUUGAACAAUAAUGGCAAUACUGUGAUUCCCAUGGAUAUCGAUGAUAUUCCCAUACCUUCAGAAGCUGUUGGUGAUAUUUCUUUGCCGAUGGAACUGGAAGAAAUCCCACCUGUUCCAGUUGCUGACAAGCCAGUUUCGGUUACACCUCCGAACAACAUCAGUAAUCCUAUUGAGGACUCCAAUUCGGUCGCAGAUGUUUCAGUUAAUAAUAAACCAAAGAACGUGACGAAUCUUCCCUUGCCACCUGGUAUUGAUCAAACUGAACUCGAGACAAUUGAGUCGCCCCCCAGUAGGUCUCCUAGUCCGGUCAAAGUGUCUAUUCCCCCUCCACCCUCCAAACCAAGGACGCCACCUAGGAAGAGUAUUAUGAAUUUACCUAUGCCUCCAGUUGUUCCAGGUUCUGAAGACCUCAGUGGUGAUGAGUUAAUAACUACACCACCAAGGAACGACAUUAAGGCAAAUGAUAAGAAAAUGGCUCCUAAGCCUGAGUUGAAGAGGCCGAAGAUCCUCAAACGUAGGGGCUCUAGAAAUAAUGUGACCACUAUGUGUGGAAAAGAUUGGGGUGAAAGAUGUGUAGAUAUGUUCGAAGUUGUAAUUCAGAUCGGUGAAGGAACUUACGGUCAAGUUUACAAAGCCAAAGACGUAACUGCCAAGGAGUUUGUAGCACUGAAGAAGGUUAGGUUAGAAAAUGAGAAAGAGGGCUUCCCUAUCACUGCAGUCAGAGAAAUCAAAAUUCUGAGGCAGCUCAAUCACAAGAACAUUGUAAAUCUGAGAGAAAUUGUGACUGACAAACAAGAUGCGCUUGAUUUUAGAAAGGAUAAAGGUUCAUUUUAUCUUGUAUUUGAAUACAUGGAUCAUGACUUGAUGGGGCUCCUCGAGUCUGGAUUGGUUGACUUCAACGAACUGAACAAUGCAUGCAUUAUGAAGCAACUUUUGGACGGAUUGAAUUAUUGUCAUAAGAAAAAUUUUCUACAUAGGGACAUCAAGUGCAGUAAUAUACUAAUGAACAACAAGGGUGAAGUAAAACUGGCAGAUUUCGGACUGGCAAGAUUGUAUAAUGCCGAAGACAGACAACGCCCUUACACAAACAAAGUGAUCACAUUAUGGUAUAGACCACCCGAGUUAUUGUUAGGGGAAGAACGAUAUGGACCUGCUAUUGACGUUUGGAGUUGUGGGUGUAUUUUGGGGGAAUUGUUCCUGAAAAAACCCCUGUUUCAGGCUAAUGCAGAAGUGAUGCAACUUGAAAUGAUUUCUAAACUUUGUGGGACUCCCACUCCUGCUGUUUGGCCUUCAGUUAUAAAACUACCUCUUUUCCACACAUUGAAACCUAAGAAACUACACCGAAGAAGAAUUAGGGAAGAUUUUGUUUUUAUGCCUGCUUCUGCAUUGGAACUUCUGGAUAAGAUGUUAGAACUUGAUCCUGAGAAAAGGAUAUCGGCUGAGGACGCACUCAAAUCUCCCUGGCUUAAGAAUAUCAAUCCUGAACAAAUUAGUGCCCCCGAGCUACCAACUUGGCAGGAUUGUCACGAAUUAUGGAGCAAAAAACGCAAACGUCAACAGAGAGAGCAACACGAAGCUAUGCUAAACUUACCUCCCGGAAAACCGAUGAUGGGACCAAGAGAUGGAAAGAUGAUGAUGAAACCCGAAGAUUCGUCUGAAAUCGGGGGGUGAGUGAGGUUAUUGAAUGAUCGGUGUUUCAGUUCUGAGUUGUUAGUCACUGAAUUUGCGAAUUAUUGAAGUUGAGUGCAUGGAGUUGGGUACCUAUGAUUUGAAAAAAAAAACGUUUAAAACAAUUUUAAAGAUAAGAAUCAAAGAAAGCUAGCAGCUCAGAUAUAAUUGUGGACUAUUGUGCAUCGUGGACAUUUGCAAGAUUAUAUUUUGAGUUGUAUUAAGUUUUCUCUAUUAUCAUCUUGUACAAUAAUUUCUGUUUUUUUUUCCCUCCUGUGAUUAUGGUACUAAAAACAUUUCAGAAAUGAAUAAGUGAAACUAUUUUAAACAUCAAAUCCCAAACAAAUUUAUCAGUGAAAUGAAAGCUUAUCCCCUCCUUGAACUUUUCCAUAAUUUUUUUUUUUUUGUUAAAUUGAAUUGUAUGAAACUGAAAAUCAAUAUGUAAGAAACAUGAAUUGAUGGAAGCAGGGUAUAUCCAUUUUAAUGAAACGGUUUUUGUUCUUUAUCGAAGACACGAUUUUAUGAAUUAAAAUUUCACACAACAAAUAGAAAAAGAAUUUGAGACACGAAGAAGUUGAGGUCAUUUUCAUUAUUUUUUAAUUCUUACCAAUUUUUAAGGAUAGAUUUUGCAUUUAUAACCAUUUAAAUUAUUUUGUAAGUUUGAUUUUACUUUCAAAUAACAUUAUGUUAUGUGAAUCCAUAAUUAUUUUGAAUUGUUCACUAUUAUCUUUUAUUUUCAUAUCCGAUAUGGGACUGUGCUUUCAUAUUAAUCACUGUGAAUACUGUAUAUUUUGUAACUAUCAAUCAAGGCAUAAUUUAUUGUAAAUACACAAAAUAGAUUUCAUGAGUUGAUGAUAUUUGUUUCAAUCAUGUUUGUAAAUAUAUUUUAAUUGAAAUAAAUGGGAAUUAUUUGUU